AACUUAAACGGGAACCCCAAAGAGUCCUCCCACACUCACUAUCAGAACUGACCAAAAAAAUCAAUUCUUGUUUUGUGGGUUUUGUUGAUUUUCCAUUGAAAAUGGGAAGGAUAUUUGUUGUAGAUCUUGAAGGCAGGAUUUACAAGUGCAAAUUCUGCAAAACCCACCUUGCUCUUGCUGAUGACCUUGUUUCUAGGGGAUUUCAUUGCCGCAGAGGAAAAGCCUACUUGUUCAAUAAAGUGGUGAACGUAACUGUUGGACCUCAGGAGGAGAGAGCGAUGCUUUCUGGGAUGCACACAGUAUCAGAUAUAUUUUGUUGCUGUUGUGGGCAAAUUGUUGGCUGGAAAUAUGAGGCUGCACAUGAGGAAAGCCAGAAGUAUAAAGAAAAGAAGUUUGUUCUCGAAAGGGGUAGGAUCGUUGACGGAGUUGACACUGAAUUCUACAUCGAUACUCGUCCAACUAUCAGUGAUACUGAGGAUGCAUAGGCUUUGUUAUGUUAUGUAUCUAUCUAAACAUGUGUGAUUGUUGUAUCUUGCAAGUCUAGUUUGUAGAUAGAGGGAAGAAGCUGUUUGUAUCAAAAUAUUGUGUGGUUGUAUCUUGUAAGUUUAGUUUGCUAGUAUAUAAAGAAGGUUAUGCAUAA